AUGGCGAGCACGGCAUCGGGGGAGGAGGACGAGCUGGCGCUGGUGAAGGCUGCGGCUCGGGCGUGGUACCAGCACGGCUCCGGUAACGAGGGCCGGGCCGGCCGCGAGUUCGUCAUCCCGCGCGGUGGCGCUGCCCGCUCCCCCCGCCCCUCCCGCUACAAACUCGAGGCACUCGCCGCGGUCUCGGGAUCGCCGGAACCAGGCCCAGGGACGUCAACUUCUCUCCUCGACCUCUACGAGCUCGAGAGGAUCACGAGGGAGCUCGACCGCCUCAUCGCGGCGAGCAGCACCGCCGACGACCACCGCAUGCGGCGGAAGGAACCGGAAGAGAGGAAGGUGGUUGCUAGAAAGAUGAGCGGCUUCUGGAUGCGGCACGCGGUGGCGAUUUGCGGGACGAGAGGGGACGUGGUGGAGGCGCCGGUGCUGGCCAGCCGGCGCCGGUCAAAGCCGGCCACCGUGGUUUGA